AUGAUGAACAAACCUUUGGACGCCAGCCAAGCCGUCGCCCCAUCACUUGUAUGGUGUGGCCUUGUUGGCUGGCCUGGCGGUAGCUGCUUACCGAAAAUACCAGCAAAAGGAAAGUACAUUCACGGACUGGAAAAAGAUCUGGAAUCGCAACGAACCGAGGUGGCCAGACUGAGAGAUCGUCUGGAAACGCAAGAAGAACGACAUGCAAAGACAGAGGAACACCUAGACGAGAUGACCCGAGACAUUCAAUUGUUGGAACACCAGCGAGGACGUUUGGAGGCUGAGAAACAGAUGCUGGAAGAGUUUCUGGAAAAGAGUAAGCUCCAGGAAAGUGAAAUGGAACGUCUCUUGAAAGGAGCUAGGGAGCAGAACGAGUUUCUGCAAAAUGAAAUUGUGGAGAAAAAUCUUAUGAUUGAACGGAACGCAGUUGAAAGAAAAGAAAUGGAAAGUCGUUUGGAAGAAGAAAAGAAAGCAAGAGACAGAGAAAUCGAGACAUUGGAAAAGGGGCUGAGAAGUCGUUUCCAGGACACGAUGGUGACGAAGGAGAGAGAGCUGGAAAGCGCUCUGAAGGAGGGAACCGAGCUCUCCUUGAGAUUAAAGGAAUCUGAAGCCACCAAUCGAGUGUUGGCUUCGGAGAACAAAUACUUCAAGACGGCCAAUGACGAACUGAGAGAAGCUCUGGAAGAGAAAGAGAAAGAGGGCGACCAUCUGAAGAAUUCGAAAGAAGCUUUUACACGAGAAAUUGCUGGGCUACGACAGAAGAAUGCCGAUCUCCAGAAGCAAAUCGAAAAUGGAGAGGAAAUAAAAACAUUUUGA